GUUAAAAUCGUCGAACUUCGAUGCAUAAAUAUCUUCUUCAGAGGAGGCUCUGUAGCAGAAGGAUAACUGCCGGAGGCACCGUUUUCUUAUCCAUUCCCGCCCGCUUCUUCUUCUUCUUUAACCUCGCCUCUGAAACCCCAUCUACAGAAAAGGAUGCAGACCUCAUUCUGCUCCGCAUCUUCUUCUUCUUCCCUUGCCAUUUUGAAGCUCAACCAAAACCCUCUUCUGGGCCAUCUUGUUUCUACACCGCGUUUCUCCCUCAAAAGAAGACCCGCUUUGACCACUCGAGCACUUCUAUCAGCUCAUAGAGAAUCAGUUCUGAAGGAUUUUCAUGAGCGACGAGCUCUCAAGAUUAUUUCAGGUCUGCAGAACUUGGACAGGGAAAAUGUGGCUUCUGUAGUCACUGCAGCAGACAAGGGGGGAGCUACUCAUGUCGAUAUAGCUUGCGAUGCAGAGUUAGUGAAGCUUGCAAUUAGCUUAACUUCUCUUCCAGUUUGUGUUUCAUCUGUGGAUCCAGCAGAAUUCUUACCUGCUGUUGAAGCUGGAGCAUUAAUGGUAGAAAUUGGAAACUAUGAUUCAUUUUACGAGGCGGGAAUAGUUUUCUCUGCAGAUCAGAUAUUAAAUUUAACAAAAGAGACUAGGAGGUUACUACCGUCUGUGGCCUUAUCAGUCACCGUGCCCCACACACUUGGACUUCCUGAUCAGGUCAAGCUGGCAGAGUUGCUGGAACAGGAAGGUGUUGACAUUAUACAAACUGAAGGAGGAAAAUGUUCUCAUCCUUCAAAAUCUGGCAUUCUCGGCUUGAUCGAGAAGGCAGCGCCCACACUAGCAGCUGCAUAUUCAAUCUCGAGGGCUGUUAAGAUUCCCGUCAUGUGUUCGUCUGGAUUAAGUGCUGUCACAGCACCAAUGGCUAUCACUGCUGGAGCUGCAGGCGUGGGUGUGGGAUCGGCAGUUAACAAGCUCAAUGAUGUCGUAGCGAUGAUUGCAGAGGUUAGGAGCAUUGCUGAUUCGAUAGCGCCAUCAGCUGCCCAGAUUAGCAGGCCCAAUAGCGUGAUUUUCAAUUUGUAGAUUUGUUUCUCUUGUGCAUUUGGGAAUAUUAGUUUCCCUUUGCCAGGGCACAAUAGGAAACAUUUGCCCUCUAAGUUGAGAGCCCCCCUUUAUUUGGCUUUCCCCAUGAUAUGCCUUUUUGUUAAGGCUUCAACUACUGAUUCCUAUUGCUUCCUCCUCCUAUGUUAUUACACAAUAAUUGCAUACAACAUUUUAGUUUCUGGAAGGACGAAGGAUCGAACCGGAAUUUAUCACGUGUUUCAAAGAUGAUGAUGAUAUUUCAGAGCAGUCAGCAUUUUCGGGAUAA